GUCCCGGGACUCCCGCUCCGGUGCUUUGGGUGGUAGCUGCAGCCGCGCCUGCCUCCCGGAUCUUUGCUUCUCGGUGGGCAAAGGAAGCGAACUGGAUCGGCCCCCAUCUUCGAGGGCAACCUGCCGGAGUGGCUAAGCCCAGCGCUCCCGCCCCAGCUCCUAGGCGAGCGCAGCCGCAGCGGGGGCCGGGGCCCAAGCCCCGCGCCGCCACCGCCCACGGUGGGGGGGCGGGCUGGGGGCGGGGCGGCCGGGGCUGCCAUCCCGGGCGCGAUCCCCUAGCGCAGCACCCGGCGCUGCCGAGCUACCUCCCCUGCCGCCCGCUAGCAAGUUUGGCGGCUUCAAACCCGGCGCGUCUCGGGAUCUCCAGGCGCAUUUGUUUCUUCCUGGCUUCGGAGCGCCCUGCUUGGCGGGGACCCUCGCGAGCAAUGCCGAUGGAUGUGAUUUUAGUUUUAUGGUUCUGUGUGUGCACUGCCAGGACAGUGGUGGGCUUUGGGAUGGAUCCUGACCUUCAGAUGGAUUUUAUUACGGAGCUUGAUCUUGUGAAUACCACCUUUGGAGUCACUCAGGUGUCUGGACUGCACAAUGCUAGCAAAGCAUUUUUAUUUCAAGAUACAGAAAGAGAGAUCCAUGCAGCCCCUCAUGUGAGUGAGAAAUUAAUUCAGUUGUUCCGGAACAAGAGUGAAUUUACCUUUUUGGCCACUGUACAGCAGAAGCCAUCAACUUCGGGAGUGAUACUAUCCAUUCGAGAAUUGGAACACAGCUAUUUUGAACUGGAGAGCAGUGGCCUGAGGGAUGAGAUUCGAUAUCACUACAUACAUAAAGGGAAGCCCAGGACAGAGGCACUUCCAUACCGAAUGGCGGACGGGCAGUGGCACAAGGUUGCACUGUCCAUAAGUGCCUCUCAUCUCCUCCUCCACGUGGACUGCAAUAGGAUUUAUGAACGUGUGAUAGACCCUCCAGAGACCAACCUUCCCCCAGGAAGCAAUUUAUGGCUUGGUCAGCGAAACCAAAAGCAUGGCUUAUUCAAAGGGAUCAUCCAAGAUGGAAAAAUCAUCUUUAUGCCAAAUGGAUACAUAACACAGUGUCCAAACCUCAAUCGCACUUGCCCAACCUGCAGUGAUUUCUUAAGCCUGGUGCAAGGAAUAAUGGAUUUACAGGAGCUUUUGGCCAAGAUGACUGCAAAACUAAAUUAUGCAGAGACAAGACUUAGUCAAUUGGAAAACUGUCAUUGCGAGAAGACCUGUCAAGUGAGUGGACUGCUCUACCGAGACCAAGACUCUUGGGUUGAUGGUGACCACUGCAGGAACUGCACAUGCAAAAGUGGCGCUGUGGAAUGCCGAAGGAUGUCCUGUCCUCCUCUCAAUUGCUCUCCAGACUCCCUCCCUGUGCACAUUGCUGGCCAGUGUUGUAAGGUCUGCAGACCAAAAUGUAUCUAUGGAGGAAGAGUUCUUGCAGAAGGCCAGAGGAAUUUAACCAAGAGCUGUAGGGAAUGCCGAGGUGGAGUUUUAGUAAAAAUUACAGAAAUGUGCCCUCCUUUGAAUUGUUCAGAAAAGGAUCAUAUUCUUCCAGAGAAUCAGUGCUGCAGUGUCUGUAGAGGUCAUAACUUUUGUGCUGAAGCACCUAAAUGUGGUGAAAACUCGGAGUGUAAAAACUGGAAUACAAAAGCUACUUGUGAGUGCAAGAAUGGUUACAUUUCUGUCCAGGGAGACUCUGCCUACUGUGAAGAUAUUGAUGAAUGUGCAGCUAAGAUGCAUUAUUGUCAUGCCAAUACGGUGUGUGUCAACCUGCCAGGGUUGUAUCGCUGUGACUGUGUCCCAGGAUACAUUCGUGUGGAUGACUUUUCUUGUACAGAACACGAUGAAUGUGGAAGUGGACAGCACAACUGUGACGAGAAUGCCAUCUGCACUAACACCGUCCAGGGACACAGCUGUACCUGCAAACCAGGCUACGUGGGCAAUGGGACCAUCUGCAAAGCAUUCUGCCAAGAGGGCUGCAGGUAUGGUGGAACAUGUGUGGCUCCUAACAAAUGUGUCUGUCCACCCGGAUUCACAGGAAGCCACUGCGAGAAAGAUAUUGAUGAAUGUACAGAGGGGAUCAUUGAGUGCCACAACCAUUCCCGCUGCGUUAACCUGCCAGGGUGGUACCACUGUGAGUGCAGAAGCGGUUUCCAUGACGAUGGGACCUAUUCGCUGUCCGGGGAGUCCUGUAUUGACAUUGAUGAAUGUGCCUUAAGAACUCACACCUGUUGGAACGAUUCUGCCUGCAUUAACUUGGCAGGGGGCUUUGACUGCCUCUGUCCCUCUGGACCCUCCUGCUCUGGUGACUGCCCCCACGAGGGAGGGCUGAAGCGCAAUGGCCAGGUGUGGACUCUGAAAGAGGACAGGUGUUCUGUCUGUUCCUGCAAGGAUGGGAAGAUAUUCUGCCGACGGACAGCUUGUGAUUGCCAGAAUCCAAGUGUUGACCUUUUCUGCUGCCCAGAGUGUGACACCAGAGUCACAAGUCAAUGUUUAGAUCAAAAUGGACAUAAGCUGUAUCGAAGUGGAGACAAUUGGACCCACAGCUGCCAGCAGUGUCGGUGUCUGGAAGGAGAGGUGGAUUGCUGGCCACUUGCUUGCCCCAGUUUGAGCUGUGAAUACACAGCCAUGUUGGAAGGGGAGUGCUGUCCCCACUGUGUCAGUGACCCCUGCCUGGCUGAUAACAUUGCCUAUGAUAUCAGGAAAACUUGCCUGGACAGCUAUGGUGUUUCUAGACUCAGUGGUGCAGUAUGGACAAUGGCUGGAUCUCCCUGCACAACCUGUAAAUGCAAGAAUGGGAGAGUCUGCUGUUCUGUAGAUUUGGAGUGUCUUCAAAAUAACUGAAGUAUUUAAAAUGGACUCAUCACAGGAGAAAAAUGGACAAAAUGAUCAUCCAACAUGAUGAAGAAUAAGAAUUGAUUUUUUAACCACAAUUACCAAAGUCUCCAUCUGAGGAAGGUGUUUGGGGGUCGCCUCUUAGACCUGCCACUUUGCUCAUUCUUGCUAACCUAGUCUAGGUGACCUACAGUGCAGUGCAUUUAAGUCUAUGGUUGUUAAGAGAAGUUUCCCGUGUUGUAAAUCACAUUUCUCUUAUCAGAUCAUUUGCUAACACAUUUAAAUGAUCUCAUGGUAAAUGUUGAUGUAUUUUUUGGUUUAUUUUGUGUACUAACAUAAUAGAGACUCAGCACCAUUUAUUUAUUUUUCUUGAUUUUUGGAUCAAAUUCUAAAAAAAAUAAAGUUGCCUGUUGUGAUAUUGUCCCAUCCACUGUAUACUGUGAAAUGUAUUGACAAAUAUAUGUAUGUGGAGUCCAGUUACAUCAUCCAUAUAUUUCAAACUGUUGAACAGACUUAGAGACCCACUCAUUCAACUUAAACAUGCUGAAGGUAAUGAUGAUAACUUAAAGUGUGGAAGGACCACAAACACAACUCAGUAAUUAUUUGGAAGAAGACUCUUUCCUCCCUUGUGCAAAAAAAUUUAAAAAAUAAAAACAAAAUUUUAAAUUUCUAUUUGAAGCAGCUAUGCUUAAAACCUUCCUAGACAUUGAAAGCAAAAAUAGUUUGCAUUGGUUUUGUGUAAAAUUUGAUAACUAACAAAUAACUUUAAUAGUUAUUAAUGCAAGUUAUCAUUAUAGUACAGGUGAAUAGUAUUAUCCCUCUGUUAUAUACACAUACACUCAAGAGUCUGCAACCAGCUUUUUCAGUGUUAGUUGAUUUACAGCAUGUAAAUGGUUACCAUGGUCUGGUAACCAAGGCCCCAAAUUCCUGUCCAGUACUCUUUUCCACUAAAACACAUUGCCUUUCAUGUGAACAAACAGGAAACUUGAAAAAAAAAAAUUCUUUGUGUGCUUGGUAGUUGCUUGAGAACAAUGAAUA